AUGGCUUCUUCUUCUACUACAUCAACCACCAAACUUGGAAGAAAACAUCAAGUCUUCCUUAGUUUCAGUGGAGAAGACACUCGUGUUGGUUUCACCAGUCACCUCCAUGCUGCUCUGGAAAGGAAAAAUAUCCUGACUUUCAUAGAUGACGACCUAAGACGAGGAGAAGAAAUUUCCGACUCACUUGUAAAAGCAAUCGGAGAAUCCAUGCUUUCCGUGAUUAUUUUUUCCCAACACUAUGCAUCUUCCAAAUGGUGCUUAGAUGAGCUUCAAAGUGGAUGCUUUGGAGAUGCUUUUGCAGAACUUGUGAAGAAGAAAGCUUUGGUGAUGGAGGAAGAGCGGUGCUACAGAGCUGCUUUGAAGGAAGCUGGCAACUUAUCUGGGCAUGAUUCAAGGAAGAUUGGUAUUGUUAGUGAAGAAUCUGAGAAUCCUAGAAAACGUAGCAGGCUGGUUGAUCCUGAGGAUAUCUAUCAUGUAUUGAAGAAAAGAAAGGUUAAAGCUAUAGUCAAUAACUUUGUUUACGGAAAUCCAAUUAAAUCUGAUGCCUUUGCAGGGAUGCGUUGUCUUGAAUUUCUUAUAAUCAAGGGCAACACAAGCAAAGUGCAGCUUCCUCACUGUGGUCUUGAAUAUCUUCCCAAUCUGCUUAGAUAUUUCCGCAGGGAUAGAUACCCUUCGAGAUCUUGGCCACAAAAUUUUUGUGCUGAAAACCUUGUUGAGCUUGACUUUUCCGGCAGCCAGGUUGAAAAACUUUGGAGUGGACAACAGAAUCUUGUGAAUUUAAGAAGAAUCAACCUCAGCUACUCUCGUUGUUUGACUAAAUUGCCAGAUCUAUCAAAGGCUAACCAAUUACAUUAUGUAGAUCUUGAUGAUUGCAUUAGUUUAAUAGAGGUUCCAUCAUACUUUCAAUAUUUUGAGAACCUGGAAGGCCUAUUUCUCGCUCUUUGUUAUAAUCUUCAGUGUUUCCCAAGGAGAAUUGAUUCGAAUAAAAUCAAAAGGCUUUCAUUAAGAGAUUGCCCAAAUAUCAAGAAGAGUCCACAGAUUUCAACGGCUAUGGAACGUUUAUUUCUAAGUGGGACUGCAAUAGAAGAACUUCAGCAAUCUUUUGGUGGUCGGGGGGAGAGCUUUCUCUAUCGGGUUGCUCAAAUAUCACUAAAUUUCCAGAGAUUUCAGGAAAUGUUAAAUACUUAUAUCUGGAUAGGACUUCUAUCGACGAGCUUCCCAGAAAUUAUGGAGCCUAUGGAAUCUUUGAUGGGACUUGCUUUGAGUAAAACCACAAUUAAAGAGCUACCCUCAUCAAUUAGGCAUCUGAAAUCUUUGUAUUUUCUGAAUUUAGAUGGCACACUCAUUAAAGAGCUACCAGAGCUUCCACCAUCCUUGACAUAUCUAUCAGCUAAUAACUGUGUAUCACUAGAAUUCAUAUCAAGCAGCACUUUAGGCGAUUCAAAGCUUGAAUUAGACUUUUCAAAUCGCUUCAAAUUGGAUCAGAAGGCAUUGAUGGAAGACAUGCAAUUGAAAAUUCAGUUUGGAAAGGCCCGAAACUCUUUUAGAAUGGUUUUCCCCGGAAGUGAAAUUCCACAAUGGUUCAGUGAUCAAAGUACGGGAUCUUCAAUAACCAUUCAGUUUCCCUUAAACCCUCCUAAGCUCAAAGCAAUUGCUUUCUGCUUGGUCUUUGCUAGCUCAUGGGAAGCAUACCGCCUCCGAUUGUGUUGGCAGCCGAAAAUUAAUGAUGAUGAGCAUGAUGAUGUCAUUUGCAGCCCAAGACCAUACUUUAGUGACUUAUAUUUGAGUUCUGAUUGGUUUUUCUUCAGGAAGUUGUCUGGGUUGGAUCACAUGCAUUUAUGGUACGAUAACAAAAGGCCCGUUGAUUUCGGUAAAUAUUUUGGCCAUGAAGUUACGUUUGACUUCAACAUAGAAGUGGAUGGCUGUUUUAUUGCAAGUCACUUGAGGAUGAAAUGUGGGGUCCAUCUUGUAUUUGAUGAAAAUCCAGAUCCUCUCUCUAGUUCUUAUGAAGAUGAUUGA